GUAUAACGGAAGCCAGCCGUACACCUUCACUUUUUUUAAAACCGGGUGACUCAGCCCCAUGUCUACGUAACUCGAUUACUGGUAAUAGUGACUCUGGAAUUGAUAUGGAUGGUUAUGGAUUCUUACUUAACCGGUGGUACCACAUAGCGUACACACUUUCAGAUUCCGAAAAGCGAAUAAAUUUCUAUAUAGAUGGUAAAUGGGUUGGAUCUUACAGUCUCAAAAAUAUUCAGCUUCAAUCUAUCACAUUUAAUGAUGGUCCUUUAUAUAUUGGAAAGCACCUCAGCUUUGAUGGGUUUACUGGAGAAAUUAGGUAA